AUGGAGCGCAUCAUUAAUAACCGACUCAAAUGGUACCUUGAAGAAAACAAAAGCUUACCAGAACAACUUGCUGGAUUUCGUCGAGCGCGGUGCACAGUGGAUUGCGUGAUAGACUUAGUCACAUACGUUCAACAAGCAAAAGCCAAUAAGCUUAUUGUAAUAGCAGUUUUCCUAGAUAUUCGAAGGGCCUUCGACACAGCCAGCCACGCGCACAUACUCGCAGCCCUACUGGAGCUGGGAGUCGAUGGCAAAACUAUCCGAUGGAUUGAGCACUACCUGACCGGGAGAACAAUCUUCAUGAGAACGAAUAAGGGAGAUUCUCACCGCCACCAGACAUCUCAGGGGGUUCCUCAAGGUGGAGUUCUCAGCCCCACUCUCUUUAACGUCCUGAUGGCUCAGAUUAUCAAAGUACUGCCGUCUACAGUACAGUGCACGGUAUAUGCAGAUGAUAUCUGCUUCUGGGCAAGUGGUAUACAGGCAAGACACCCGAAGAGCAAGCUCCAGUACGCCCUGACAUUGAUUGAGCUCUUCCUUGAAGAGAGAGCGAUGGAUCUAUCUCCGGAGAAAACAGUGUACCUGCCAUUCACUGCUAAACGAUUACCAAAGUUUGAAUUAACACUUCAAGGGAAGCCAGUCAAGCGUGUAACAAAACACAAGUUCCUCGGCAUACAACUUAAUAGAAAUCUAACCUGGACAGACGAAAUAGAGCGCAUACGUAUCCGGACCAAACCAUAUCUUAAUAUCAUACGAGCACUGGGAGGAUACCGAUCAGGAAACACCACAGCUCUUCGCACUCUUCACCGUUCCCUAAUCAGACAAACCUUGUCAUACAGCCUCCCUGUCAUCCAUGGUCUCUCGCCCUUUCAAGAGAAGAAGCUUCAGUCUAUCAUCGCUCAAAGUCAGCGCACCAUACUUGGGCUACCAAGACUGACGCGAACAAAUCUGGUCCUUGCAGAAGCUAGGGAACCUCCAAUAAAAGUUCUCCGCGACCAGGAGUCUCAAAGACACAUCAUUCGACUGAUCACCAGACAUAGUUCUCAUCCUCUAGUAUCCAAGCUUCAACAGCGAAACCGUUCAACAUUACACACAUGCUUUCACGACCUUGCUCAGAAUCUCCCCAGACAUCGAAUGAAGGACUUCCACCGACCCUUUCCUCCUUGGACACUUCAACCUGUCCCAACAGCUCUAGAUAUUCCUGGUAUCAAAAAGAAAAUGGACACACCGGCAGUUGUUCUGAAGAUGUCAACGAUCGCCUAUCUUCACGACUUUUACUCAGAGGCUGAGAAGAUGUUUACGGACGGGUCAUGUACCGACACAGGAUCCUCUAGUGCCAUACACUGUGCGUCUUUCACAGAAGGCUAUAGGUUCUCACACAGGACCUCCUCAACAAACGCAGAGCUCUACGCUAUAUACAAGGCAUUCAAAUAUAUCAGCACAACAGACAACCCCAUCUGGAUAACCUGCACAGACUCGAAACCUGCAAUCCAAUCGCUACAAUUCCCGGACAUGAACAACUCCCUAGUCUACAAAAUUUAUGUUGCCCAUCAAGAUAUAGUUAAUAGUGGAAAAACAGUUACGCUCCAGUGGGUUCCCUCCCAUUGUGGCAUACCAGGAAACGAAACUGCGGACGCCACAGCAAGAAUGGCUCACAGCCAAGCAACUGUGUCGUCCAUACCGUUCACACCAGAUGAUGCGAAAUGUCUCCUCACUCGAACUACUAAGGAAAAAUCAGUCAAACUGUGGAAAUCCUAUCUUCGUUCAUCAGGCUACUUAACCUUCAUAGACCCAGACCUAGCCUUUACGCCUCCACGGAACGUACCACGAAGCUUACAGACAGCCCUCCACCGAACUCGCCUGGGUGUGCCACUAACCAACAGUGUUGUGAAUCGCUACAGACCAUCGGCCUCCACUGACUGCCCUACGUGUGGCACCACUGAAGACACACUACACAUAAUAAUGCAGUGCCAAAAGUACUCUACAGAACGAUCAAGGCUUGAGAGCACGCUCGCUAAGCUGGAUGAUCGACCUCUUUCUUUCGUGAAGAUCAUUGGAGCCUGGCAAAAUGAAUCGCAUCAGACGGCCGCAUUAACAGCAUUCUGCAACUAUUUAAAAGACUCCCGUAUUAUCACCCGUUACUAA